AUUUUGUAAACUGCGUUUCUAAUUUUAAAAGCUUGUUUUUCUUCACGCUCGCUUAUCUUUGUUUAUGAAUAUGAAAUGAAAUUAGUCAUCAUUUUUAAUUGAUUUCUUUCGCACAAAUCCUCCAAUUUUGUGGAGUUUUUCUUUCUUUCUUUAUCUUGGUUUUUUUUCUCCUGUAUUCACAUCGUCGGUCUCGAUGUGAACAUCCUAUGGAUCAAAGGUUGUCCUUUGAGUCAAGAGUUUAAUGUUUUCCUUGAUGGUUGAAUUUCCUUGAUGUAUAUGAUAGCUCGAGUAUCGAGCAGUAGGUAGUUGCAGGCGGUGUUUGUAUCUAGAAUUCGCCUCGUAUUUUCUUUAGUCACCAUCUACAAAUAUAUUUUCUAAAAAUGUCGCCGUUUCUUAAAUUAAUUUUUAAAGCAGCUCGUUUGAUGGGCCUUUUUAUGUUGGCAUGCCACAUGACAAUAGUGUUUCUGUUCAGUGGAUUACUAUUGAAUUUUCUGCAACUUAUCUUGUAUUUGACACUUUAUAACUCUAAUCGCAAAUUAUACAGGAAAAUCAACUACUACUUAAUUUAUUUUUCAUGGAUACAAAUACUAGCAGUGUAUGAGUGGAGGUCUAAUUCGGAUUGCAAGUUGUAUGGUGAUGAAGUAAGCAUCAGAGAAUUCGGAAAAGAACAUUGCAUAAUUGUUAUGAAUCACAAGUAUGAUAUUGAUUGGGUUAUCUGUUGGUUUAUUACAAAUCACCUCAGAAUGAUGGCUAAUUCAAAAACAUGUGCCAAAAAGCAGUUACGAAAUGUCCCUGUGAUUGGAUGGGGUUGGAUUUUUGCUGAGAUGAUAUUUCUAGAAAGAAGCUGGGAAAAAGAUAAGUUAAUGAUGGGUGAAAAACUUGACAAACUAAUUGAAUAUGAAGAUCCUAUAAUGAUUCUCCUUUUUUGUGAAGGAACUAGAUUUACUCCUGAGAAACAUAAAGCUAGUGUGGAAUUUGCGAAGUCCCGGGGGUUACCUAUAUUGCAGCACCAUCUUUGUCCCAGAACUAGUGGCUUCAACUUCACUGCAAAACAUUGCAAAGGGAAAGUUCCAUGGGUUUAUAACAUUCAGCUAGGAUUUCCAGAAACUGAAAAAAAGCCAACGUUUUCAAAUCUCUUGAGAGGUUACAGUUUUACUGCUGAUGUUUUUCUUGAGCGAAUACCUCUGAGUGAAGUUCCAACCGAUUCUGAUGAAGCGACUUCUCAAUGGUUACAUCAGCUUUAUGUCAAAAAGGAUAAACUGAUGGAUGACUACUUCAAAACUCAAAAGUUUCCUGGAAUGUGUGUGAAACUGAAACGAAGUUAUCGCUCUCUGAUCAACUCUAUCUUUUGGGCAAUUGUCAUUGGUAUUCCAUGGUUGUAUGCCAUCUAUUUGGUUCUGACAACUGGAAAUAUUUUUCUCACAUCACUUGUUUCCACAACUUUUAUCCUACUAUUUACAGUUAUGUUCUAUAUGGUGAGCCAAACCAAAGCUUCUAAAGGUUCUUCAUAUGGAACCAAAACAAAAAAGCCAACAGAUGAUGCUAAGAAUGGCUCUUUUGGCCAUGAGCAAGUCAAUGGUGAAGUUGUGAAUGAUGCUAUUCCUGAACAUAAAGAAAACCAAGCAAGUGGUGAUAAUGAAACAAACCUCACUCAGAACUGUGAACAAAUCAACAACAACUUAUAGUUUGUUAAGUAUAAAUUAUUUGUAUGAAGCUAUAUUAUUGCAUUACACAAUUUUUCAAUGAUAUAUAUUUUAUAAAAGAAAUUUUGUGUGAAACACUGGUCAUUAAAAUCUAUCAGUGGACAAAUUUGUAAAUAUUGUAUCUCUACACACAUAAAUGGAUGUGAAAUAUGUAGCUCUGUGUGGAGCUCUACGCUUUCAAGAGUUGCUUAAGUUUUUAAGUGUUUACUCAUUGUCUGGCGUGCUUCCUUAAAAAAAAAAUACAAAAUAUAAUAAACGGUGCAUAUGCCAAUGUGUUCACAGUACUGUAUUUCUGUGAAAUCAUUUGUAAGUUGAAACUUUUUAACAUUUUGGAUUUUUAAAUGUAUUUUAUUACUGUUUUGGAGUACUUAAGUGAUUUUUCUAUUGAAAUGCCGUAUCAUGAAGAACGGCUAUAGGUGUUGCUGUAGUAAUUCCUCUUGUGGCACAAUCCUUGGAAAAUGCUUGAAACUGUUCUCUUCUUUUACAGAUGUGGGUGUUAAUUUUAAUUAUCUGUGAUGCAAUAUUUAGAUGUAAAAUGUGUGCAAUUUUCUUGUGUAAAAUUUUAGAUGUAUCCUUACAGUGUCAUAUUUAUGUAUUUAAAAAUCUUCCUCAUCAAAAUUGAAAUCAAUUUCAAAAUUAAUUAUUAACAUUUUUCAAUUUCUUGUUUUUAAUUUUUUUAUACAAAAUACAUUAAGUGCCUUAAUUUUUUUCUUAAUAAAAAAAAACUGUUAAUUCAAAAUUGCUGUUAGAAGAAGAAAAAAAAAUGAAUCUAAAUUUUCUUAAAUUACUUUUAUCUUUCUACAUUUUUUUUAAAAAUGUAUUUUGCAUUUUUCAUUAAUUAAGUAAUUUAUUAUAAAUUAACUACUUAAAAUAGAUUUCCUUUUAGAAGUCUGUAUAUAGCUAAAUAGAAAAGGCACUUAAUUUUGGUCAUAGAAGCUUGUUUAAUGGAAUGUGCGUUUAUGCAGCUUUACUUAUUGAUUUUUGUGCAAAAAUUUAGGUUGUGUACCCUUGUUGCUUUUUUUUUUUUUUUUUGCGUUCUGAUAUCGUAUUGUGCAAUAAUUUUAUAUUUGAUAUAUCAUUUUUAACCUUAUGCAAUUGUUUUGGGAAAUUUUUCUUGCACACAAAAUAAUAAUUCAUAUAAGUCUUAUAAGGAAUAAUGUAUUUUUUCAUUGUUCAGAAGUGAAUAGCCAAAAUUUUGAUUUGCAUAUCAACUGGGCAUGUAUUUUCAAAUUUUCUGGCAUAUUAUUUAUUUUCUUUCCUUGAUUAUAAUAUUUAUCCAUUGCACCAAUAAUUUGGAUUUUACUAGAUAUUGAGAGAAUCAGAAUCGGUCUUCCUGGAUUUAUUGUUUAAUUUUGUCUUCCAUAAGUCUUUUUUAAUAGUAAUUUAUUUUAUAUUUUUAACCAAUAAACUACAACUAGAAUGUUAUGAGAAUGUUGAAAAAAUGUAUAGCUUUAUUUUUUAUUAUUUUGGCGAAGAAUAAGUUCAAUGAAAAGAAAGAAAGCACAAAGAAAUUUGUUUUGAAAUAAACCUUAAUAGCGGAUUUUCAACAAAUGAAUCCCCCUCCCCCACAAUUAUUUUGUUAAUGAUGUGUGUACCAUGUUUUAUUGCAUGUCUCUUUUAAUCAUCCUUGGAUUGUAUAUGUGCUGCAUAUUGGGUAUUGAAAAAAGCAUGUUUACUGUACAAAUUUUUCAAUAUCUAGACAUUUUAUCAACAUUGAAUGUUACAAAAUAUAUAUUAUUAGUUUGGAUUUCAAGUUGUUUUGAAAUGGAUCGCAUACACCUAACAUAUAUGAGGAAACUAUAUUUUGUAUCAAAGCCAAAAUUGGAAAUGUUGUAAUUAAAAUACAUUCUAUUAUUAUAACUUCUACUUAGUUCCAUGACAAAUUUUCUUUUUAAAUUCUCUACUAUUGUAUAAUAGAUCCAUUAUAUUUUUGUCAAACUCUUUUGAUAACUAUAUAUGAAUUCUGACAAUUUUCCAAUUCAGUACCUUCAUUUGAAAUCUGUUGCCAAAUUUCUUACGGAAAAUUAAUUUUGCAUUUCAGAUAAUUAUUUUAAGUAGCUAAAAAUAGAUUGAAGUUACUCCUGAUAUUGCAGGCCAACAUUUGCAUGAGCUUAUUAUAAAAGGAGAGAUGAUAGUCUACUCAAAAUAAAUUGUUCAAAAUUGCCAAAUUUUAUUGUAAGCUCUGUGUAUUUCAACACAAGUUUAUUUUGAUGUCUUUUAUAAAACAAAUGCUUUAGUGGCAGACUCUGUCAUUUUAUACCUCAAAAAUUAAAUUGUAUCUUCCCUUAUAAAAUGUAGUCACCUACGUAACAAUUUUUAUGCAAUAUUAAUACAAUUUUUCAAAGUUUUAAAAUGUUAUAAUUGGACAUUUAAAAAUUAAUAAGCACCAAACUAUUAACUAAAAAUUGAGAAUGAGUAAAUCUUUUUGAAGUGAAAAAUUUUUCUACUUUUCUUUUUUAUAUAAUCAUUGGGAAUUUACCAGUAAAAAAAGUUAAAUGCACAUAUAUCUUUAGUUAGCUAAAUAACUACUUAGCAAAAUUAAAAAUGAGCUUUAAGAAAGAAAUUGUUUUUAGGAAUUCCACCAGUUUGUUUUUAAAUAAUGUAUAAAAGAAUUUGACUGUUUUUAAUAGAAUACUUAGAUUUAAAGAUUCAUAUUAUAUGAAACAGUAUUUAUUACUAUUUUAAUUUUGUAAUAUUUUCCAUGUAAUAUCAAAUUAAGCAUUUCACAUUUAUCAAAUUCAAAAUAUUAUCACCGUUAAUGAUGCUCACUCGAAAAUUAUAUGAAGUUUACAUUUUUUUAUAACCAAUUGAAAAAUAAUAUUUGCAAGUUUUUUUAAAGUAGCUUUCAUAUUUUUAACAUAUCAAAAUUAAGAGAAUAUAUUUUUAAAUAAGUAGUCUAUAUUCUGUAAAAGAAUUACAUCAAGAAUUAAUGAAAUAGAUAAUUCAUAAAGAGUAUUAUUCAUUUGUAGGAAAAUUGCUAUGCACAAUGUUAAGCAUUUCAUCAUGUCAAUUUUUUUUUCCUCCUGUAACAAACCUUGUCUGUUUUAUGUAGUUGUCUUAUUUAAAAGUUGUAAUUAUUUUAACAUGUUUAAAAAAGUUCAUACAGGAUGAGUUUUGUACUAGCAUAAAAAUGUUUUGUUAGUUUUCAUGAGAUUUAUUUUUGAAAAAAUAAAAUUUGUAUUAAAUUGUUAGUGUUUAUCUAGGUGAAAAUAAGUUUGUGUGAAUAUUAUUCAUUCUUAUGUAUAUAUUGCCUUUACUGUAAUAAAAGUUAUUGUUUAAUGGCAA